AUGGCUCCCAAAAAAAGACCGGGUCCGUUGAAUAUAACGCCCAUUGGAGAAGGGCAGCCCACGUCAAACACCACUGAUGCUGCAUCUGAAGCAAACCUCGAGGCCUUACAAAAGAAGCUGGGAGAACUGGACCUGGAUGAGCAACAGAAAAUGCGACUGGAAGCCUUCCUCACCCAAAAAGCGCAGGUCGGGGAGCUCAAGGAUGAGGACUUUGAGCCUAUCUGCGAGCUUGGCGCCGGGAAUGGAGGAGUGGUCAACAAGGUCCGCCACAAGCCCUCAGGUCUAGUCAUGGCUCGCAAGUUGAUCCACUUGGAAAUCAAGCCGGCCAUCAGGAACCAGAUCAUUAGAGAGCUUCAGGUCCUGCAUAAAUGCAAUUCCCCGUACAUUGUGGGGUUCUAUGGCGCAUUCUACAGCGACGGCGAGAUUAGCAUCUGUAUGGAGCACAUGGAUGGUGGGUCAUUGGACCAGGUCCUGAAGGAAGCCAGGAGAAUUCCAGAAGAAGUCUUGGGCAAAGUUAGCAUAGCCGUGUUGAGAGGUUUGGCAUACCUGCGGGAAAAGCACCAGAUCAUGCACAGAGAUGUGAAGCCCUCCAACAUUCUGGUCAACUCUCGUGGGGAGAUCAAGCUUUGCGACUUUGGAGUUAGUGGCCAGCUCAUAGAUUCCAUGGCCAACUCCUUUGUUGGAACGCGUUCCUACAUGUCGCCGGAGAGACUGCAGGGCACCCACUACUCUGUUCAGUCGGAUGUAUGGAGCAUGGGGCUGUCACUGGUGGAGCUGGCCAUCGGUCGCUACCCCAUCCCCCCACCAGACUCCAAAGAACUGGAGGCUAUCUUUGGACGGCCUAUGCUGGACGGCUGUGAGGGAGAGCCUCACUGCAACGUGCAAAGGCCGCGACCACCAGGAAGGCCCGUGAGCGGGCAUGGGAUGGACUGCAGACCUGCGAUGGCCAUCUUUGAACUAUUGGACUACAUUGUUAAUGAGCCUCCUCCUAAACUGCCACAUGGUGUAUUUACAAAUGACUUCCAAGACUUUGUAACAAAAUGCUUGAUCAAAAAUCCAGCCGAAAGGGCUGAUCUGAAGAUGCUGAUCAGUCACAUAUUCAUCAAACGAUCCGAAGUGGAGGAAGUGAACUUUGCCGGCUGGUUAUGUAAAACCAUGAACCUCAAUCAGCCCAGCACCCCCACCCGCAGCACUGAGUGA